CGGGACCGAAGCGGGUGGCAGUGCGGAGCUGGGCCGUGGGGCGGGAGGCGUUGCGCGGGGACCGUAGCGUUUGUGUCAGGUCAGUCGCCACCGGCAGGCCUGGCGCUUGCACCUUCAGCCCCUGCGCCGGGCUGGUGGUGGCUUGGCCAGCUGUUUCCUAGUGGGCAUGGAGGUGAAGGUCAGUAUGUGUUAGUUGUUUAAGUCCCCUUAGGCGUAGCUGCUUGGUGUUACGCUGCAGCUCCAGGUGUCUCUGUGACCAAGAUCCUUGACGGUUCCUGAAGAGCCUACCCAGGCCUGACCCAGAGGCCUUCCUCCUGCCUCUGCACCCCCCCCCCCCGCCCCGCCACCAGAGCCUCUGGGGAGUGCUCUUCUGCCCCUGGCCUCAGCUCUGUGCAGCAGAGUCCAGCCCUUCAAAGCCUGAAAGGGGGGUCUGGGAGAUGCACGUCUUGUAUCGCUCUGGUUUGAGUAGGUUUUGCAGUGGGACAGCAAGUGGAAACGUAGUUCCUGGUAGAGGCAUAGGCCUUAAAUUAAUUUAUAUCUCUUACUGGUUAUUAUAGAAGCUUUUGUUGAUUAAGUCAGGGUUUUUUUAGAAUCAUAGAAUGGUUUGGGUUGGAAGGGACCUUAAAGAUCACCUAGUUCCAACCCCCCUGCCAUGGACAGGGACACCCUCCACUAGACCAGGUUGCCCAAAGCCCCAUCCAACCUGGCCUUGGAUACUUCCAGGGAUGGAGCCUCCACAGCCUUGCCUCAGUAUUUGGCACCCGCAAAUUCCAGAUAACCUCGUGGACGGUGUCAUUGGUAAUGGCCAAGUGAUGGGCAAAAUUCUGGACCAGAGAAAUCAAAGACAAGGCAAGGCAUAAUUAAAGCAGUGAAGAGAAACUGAAGGAAGGAAGUAUUACAUGUCUUACUGAUUAGAACUGUUUCUGAAGUAUUUGGACACACUAUGUAUAUGUAUAGUAAAAUCUAAAAAGGUUGAAAGGGUUUGGAGAGCAUGGGUUAUGAUAUUGAGCGUUUCGUUGGCUACGUUAAUGAAGGGCUAUUAUGCUCCAUCUGCCGCGAUGUGUUAGAAGAUCCAUUACAGGCUCCUUGUGAACACGCUUUCUGUACUGCUUGUAUACAUGGAUGGCUUGUUCAUCACAGUAACUGCCCUGAAGACAGACAAAUGAUUGAUGUAUCUUUGCUACGACCUCUCUACAGAUAUAUGAAAAAUGAUUUAAACCGUCUUCAGCUACAUUGCAAAAACAGAGACUAUGGUUGUGAAAUGGUUUGUUCUCUGGAGUCUAUAGACAGGCAUGAAAGGGAGUGUGAGUACAGUCAGAUACCUUGCUCCAAUGCUGGUUGUACGGUUCAGAUUGAACGACGUAACUUAGAUGGUCACCUGGCAGUGUGUGAAUAUCGGAGCCGUGAAUGCCCCAAUGGUUGUGGUUACACCAUUCUCAGUGCAGAAGACACGCAGCAUAAUUGUGUAGCAGAGCUAAGAACCGAGCUAGAACUACUUCGGUCAGAAAUGAUCUGCAGAGUGGAGGAGGCAAAACAUGAGAUGGAGUCAAGGUUAGAUUCACAGAGAAGGCAUAUGGUUCAAAAAGAGAGUAUUCUGCAAAAUGAAAUUGAAGAACUAAAGAGUCAGAUGUCACGAAUGAUGUCAGAUGUACGCUCUCUGAUGGCUGCAGAGAGACAGCACCGUCAAGAGCUGGAGCAGGCAGAGCUGGAAAAACGGGAAUUAAUGGAGCUGCUGAGGGGGCUGCAGAAGGACUGUCGAUUAACUACUACAGAAGGAAGCAGGAAGUCAACAAAUUUCCGCCCUCUAGCACGACUAGAGAGUGUAAAACGAAAACCUAGGGAAGUUACAGUUAUCUAAACAGAAGUAAGGUCAAAAAGCAUUUUUUUUCUAAUUUCUGUGACCAUCUGGCAUCUUUUCUACUUUCUAUGAAUGAUUGGUAAACUGUGUAUCAUUUCUGAUUUACUUGCUUUCUUUUUAAAUCUAGUUUCCUACUUUAUUUCCUCUUGGGGCAUAAAAACAAGCAGGGGAAUUUUCUCUUAGGGAACACUGGGCAUUAAAACCAGUAAUUGGCAAAUGGAUUUUUAGCUAGUGUUUUUAUAAGAAGGGGGAAGGAGACUUGAUUUGUUAUCUCUUGAGUGCUUCAUGUACAGGAGUCUUUCAAGCCUGAAAGCUGGAGCCUUUUCAAGUCAAAGGUACUUAAAGGUUGUUUCCUUCCUGGUCCAUUAUAGUCCAUUUAAGUGUAGUUUAUGCUUAUACUUGAAACAGAAGGAAAAUGUGGUCAUCAGUAAUGACAUUUGGGGUGUACUUAAUUUUGGGAAAAGUUGGUAAUAGAAUUGGAAGUCAGUAGUAGAAAUUAAUAGAUUUUGUUUGUUUAUAGUCUAUAGAAGGUCUGUUUCAAAGGUGGAAAUAAAGCACUUUAAAUUGUAGUCCUACUGGUAUGUAACAGUUUCAGGUGAGGUUGACUUUUACUUUAGAGCUUCUCUAAUUUCCCAGGCUGAUACACACUUAAGAGACCAAUACCAAAGCCUGAGGUAAUGGAGUAAUCUGAAACCUUUUAAAUAGACAUGUGAGUAACCUGGAGGUUGUGGGAGGGGAUCUGCAUUUUAUUCAAAAAUUUGAAGCUUUUAUAUAUGAAAGUAUCAACUAUUUCUACGGGGUCCUUUAAGCUUAAGACCAGCCCAUCCGGUACUCAAUCUCUUUAAAGCAUAUAUCAAUACCUUGAGUAUCCUUAGUUUUCUUUUGGCAGGUUUAAGGCUACUUGACUGUUAAUAUCCACAACAGAUGAAUAUUUGUACAGUCAGUUGGACUUCAGACGUCUUUAUUAGUACUGAAGUUUGCAACUGUGUAAGAGCUAGGGUUUUAUAACAGACCCACAAAUACUGAAUCAAGGGGGCAUUUAUCUGUAAGGACUACAUGAGAAAUCUGUACGGUUCGAAGACUUUUCUCUCAACUUCCCACACAGCCUGUUCAUGUUGCUUUCAGUGCUAUAAUUAAGCCAUAUUCUGUCCCCUGUUGCAGCUCUUCAGUGGAGUAACUAGGGGAGAACCUGGCCUCUCAUUUACUGAAUGUGCUAAAUCAGUUUUGAACUUUCAGGAAAAUGCAUGCAGGUGCAACAGUCUGAAUCAGCUAAUUUUAUAGCUUAGAAAACAAACACAUUGCUGUGCAUGUCUUGCUGUCACAAAAGCAGUGCUUUUAUGGCUAAUGGCGUAACCAAAGAGAGAGGCAGCAACCUCCUUUAGCACAUACGCUACAUUAUGAAGACUUGCAGUCAGACCUGUCUUAAUUUCAGGCAUUAAUAAUUCCUUUUAACUUGCUGUUUCUUUAGUACUGCUGAAGCAGAUGUGCACAUGUUCAGGUCUGGUGCAUAUAAAAACCGACAGAAAUAACUGUUGUGUAAAAGUUUGUUGGUUUUUUUUUUUCCUGAAAGAAAACAUUCAUAGGAAGAGUUAUGUCCAAAUAUUUACUUGUUUUCAGUCCUUAUAUUCUAGAUUAAAUCAGGCAUUGACUGUAGCAGUCUCACCAACUCAUGACAUAGCAAAUCUCUUAAGCAGCCAUAUUUAACAAUCUGAACCAGUAAAACAGUUGCUUUAAUUUGGGAAGACCUUCAUUCACACUAAACAUUCAGUGGUCAAUUGACAUCCAUCAGUGUGUGUAUUAAAGCUGUAGGUAGAAAGUAAGAAUGCUUUUAUUAUCUUGUGUUCUAAAUAAGGAAGCUGUUAGUGUCUGUGCUCUGUGUGACUUGUAUUUCAGCAUUCACACUAAUUUUGAAGCUUCUUGGCACCACCAGAUUUCAUGCUAAUAGAAUCGAUAUGUUUUCAGGAUGUGCUUUUCUGUGUACUGUAACUGCGUGGUUCUGUGAUGUGACUUUAUCUACUUUGCCUAAUGUGAAAGAAGAAAAUUCCUUCAAAGUCCUGUAGAACUCGGACGAGCUGGAUCAUCUUUCCCAAGUUGGAGGGCAAUAAUGAUCACCCAAUCUUUUCUGUUCUGACCACAGAAAAAAGCAAGUUAUUAGCUCUGUGCUUUCUCCGUAAUGGGAUCUCUGCAUUUGUUUGUGUUAGGAAUUUCACCCACUUAUUUAUGACCAAAUUUCUUCUAGUAUAGGAAAGAGGGUUUAUUUAAUAUUUACUUAUCAUUUUGUCUGCUGUCUGUCCCCUAAGUGACAGACAUGAAACAGUGUGAGAAAACGCAUCCUAGGUGGUAAGGAAAGACUUUCUGCUGCACAGUCUGUGUAGUUGCCAGCUCUGGAGAAUCUGAACUUCCACUGUUGAAAUGUGGCAACACCUUGGGCCCCGCUGCUGCUGGAAUGACCUGUCAUGUGAGUUUUCUUUAGCAGCGAAAAAGCACUUGCCGAGAUAUUUGAAAUGGGCACUUACUAGCUAUAAGAACUUCAGGUCCCUCCAGUUACUUUAAGCUUAAUCCCAUUUCUCAGUGUUGAUAACUGUUCUGCACUUAAGAUUUUCCUCUGCUAAUGAACCACUCACAGGGUGGUGUAUGCUUAAGGAUGGUCAUUAUUUUACCUUACAAUUAACAAGGCUGAAAUUAAAUAGUCCAUUGUGUUAAUAUUUUAUCUAGUUUUAGCUUUUCCAGUCUCACGUAUUAUACAGCUCUUAAUAACAGCUAGCAGAAGCAAGGAAUUUUUUUUCUUUCUUUCAAAUAGUCUGUUAAUCCUUUUUAUAAAAACUAAGGGUCCAAAUAUUGUAGUAGACUUGGUGUAAGAGAAGACAUUCACUUGGAAAUGCUGCUUCCCUAGUCAUGAUCAUAUCUUAGGAUUAUAUGAGAGGCACUGCUCAGAGUGCAUCACGGGAAGGUUCCAGCACUGCAUUACUGGUAUCUGUGUUCUCAGACUAGGUCACGCUUCGAUCACUUCCAUUUCCUUGCAGGUGGAUCUGUGCUGAGAGCAAGUUGCAUUGUUACUCAGGUGGACCAGUAACUGUGCAAGCAGAUGUUGUAUUUUUAGUUGCUUCUAAUAGUAGUUUCGCAGCUAGAAAAGGGAGAGCAAAGACUGUGAAGCAGGGAGAGUGGAGAGAAAGUGCAGUCUGACUGUCUUCCCUCAGCCCGAGAGCAGUGAUCCAGCUGCACCAGCCUGUGCCACCAGCCAGCUUACCAGUGUAAACUGCUGCAAUUAAUGUAGCAUUAGAAUUAAAAGGAGAUUAAAUCUUUAGACACAAGUAGGUGGGUACAAAUGUAAUAAUAGUACCAAACCUGGGAGAUUCACAAACAAAACUCAGAGAGUGGAAGCUGUUAAGUAAAGUAUUUGAAACUACAAGGUAUUACAAGGAGUUGAGCAAAUCCUUAUCCUACAUUGAGUGAGAAAGAGUAACACUAAGGAUGUAUUUAAAGAAAUAAUUAACAUUUUAAAGCAAGUGAUGAGUUUGUGUCUGAAAGAAAAUCAACAUUUAUGUAUUUAUUCUGAAGACCUGAGGCGAGUUACAAAAACAAGUUUCCACAACUGAUUUCUCCACUUGAGAGGUCAAAUUCAAGACAAAAUAGUGUCUCCUCCGUUUCCCUCAGCAUUAAAGCUGCUUUUAAAACUCCUGUUCUCCCAUGCUCCUCCCAAAGAAAAAACUGUCAGUGGUCAGGGCCAGUGCGCACCAUCACUGCUUGGAUUACUUUCUUUGGAACGGGAGUGGUAACUUUGGGGAGAGCUUCCGGUAGGAACAGAUGAGAUUCAACAAAAGGUGUGGAACUAACAGCUAUGCAUCUGAGUCGGGUGCAGGAGUAGAAAGGAAGAAUUUUGCUGGGCUUCCUAAUUAAGGUGGCAGUUAUUAGUUAGUAUGAUUCUAGUACUAGAUUAACAGUCUCAUAUGAGAUAAAUGAAUUUAACAGCGCACGUAUACAGGAGCUUCUUGUCAGCACAGAAGGGACUGGAAUUACAUAGUCAAGUGGAAUACUUAAUACAGUGACGUAUUUCAACUGGCCAAAAGUGGUUGUAUCUCAAAGGUUCUGUAGUGUUUUUAAGAAGUGUAAUGUAUUACUAGAUCCCAGGUGGCAAACAGUUCCAAAGAGUGAUAGCAAUGGGUAGCCUUGCAAAUUACAUUUUCCAUGUGCUGUCCUCUCAGAUGUUUCUGGCAUGGUGCUUUUCUACAGCCGUUCUACUUGGAAGUGCUGGAUGGUAUUUAAAAGGAGCAGUACCAGCCUUGCCUUUCCCCUGUACUGCUUCUUGGAUGAAGUAUGGUAGGUCCGGGAGAUUUUACCACAUAGAUAAAUGCCUUUAUAAAAAGACCUACAAUUCUAUGCAACUUUAUAUUAACAAAUAAACACUGAACUGUCUUCCAGCAUUAUGGUUCACUGCCAAUCUAUUUACGUUUUCUACCUUUAUAUACACAAGGAUAAAACAAGGCUUAACAGAUCUUAAUCUCUAGUCUGUAAAAGAAACAGUAACACUAUUUGUAUCAAUUUGAAGUACACUUUGUAUAAAAGUUGAACUAAUAAAGGAUCUAUACCAUCAUC